UGUGCUUCCGCUGGGGGUCCGGGCGGAGGUCUGUCGCUGGAAGAGUGAGCGGUAAGCGGCGCGGCUGGGGACGGCGGAGCGAGCGGCCCGGGCUUGAUCUUGGGGCGUGGUGUGGACGACGGAGCGGGAACCUCUUCGACGCGGUCGGGACUUGAUGCUUCGCAGCAGCUUCCUGCAUUUGAAUUUGUCUAUGGCUGUGCAGCCCAAAACUUGCUGAGAUGGAGGAGCCUCAGAAGGGCGAUCCGGUCCCCGCGGACCUGCAGGAGGAAGACCGUGUGCAACGCGCCGGCCCCCCGAUUUCUGUUAGUGAAUUUUCUUGCCACUGCUGUUACGACAUCCUGGUUAACCCCACCACGCUGAACUGUGGGCACAGCUUCUGCCGCCACUGCCUCGCUUUGUGGUGGGUGUCUUCAAAGAAAACCGAGUGUCCGGAAUGCAGAGAAAAAUGGGAAGGUUUCCCCAAAGUCAACAUCCUGCUCAGAGAUGCCAUUGAGAAGUUAUUUCCUGAUGCCAUUAGAAUGAGACUGGAAGACAUUCAGCAGAACACUGACAUAGUCCAGAGUCUCGCAGCCUUUCAGAAACACGGCCAUGACCAGAUUCCUUUAGCUGCCAGCGCAGGCCGAGGCAAUCAGCAGAGAGGAGGGGGUUUCUUUUCCGGCGUGCUCACGGCUCUAACCGGUGUGGCGGUGGUCCUGCUUGUGUAUCACUGGAGCAGCAGGGAAUCCGAGCACGACCUCCUGGUCCACAAGGCUGUGGCCAAGUGGACAGCGGAAGAAGUUGUCCUCUGGCUGGAGCAGCUGGGCCCCUGGGCCUCUCUCUACAGAGACAGGUUUUUAUCUGAAAGAGUAAAUGGAAGGUUGCUUUUAACAUUGACAGAGGAGGAGUUUGCGCAGGCGCCGUACACCAUAGAAAACAGCAGCCACCGCAGAGCCAUCCUGCUGGAGCUGGAGCGCGUCAAAGCCCUGGGCGUGAAGCCGCCCCAGAAUCUCUGGGAAUAUAAGGCCGUGAACCCGGGCAGGUCCCUGUUCCUGCUCUACGCCCUCAAGAGCUCCCCCAGACUCGGCCUGCUCUACCUGUACCUUUUUGACUACACGGACACUUUCCUGCCCUUCAUCCACACCAUCUGCCCGGUGCACGAGGACAGCGCGAGGGAGGACGUGGUCUCCAGGUUUCUGGACCUUAGAGAGCCCACGUGGAAGCAGUGGAGAGAGUUCCUUGUCAAGUAUUCCUUCCUUCCGUACCAGCUGAUUGCUGAAUUCGCCUGGGACUGGCUGGAGGUGCACUACUGGACGUCACGGUUCCUCAUCGUCAACGCCAUGUUGCUCUCGGUUCUGGAGUUAUUUUCCUUUUGGAGGAUCUGGUCAAGAAGCGAGCUGAAGACAGUGCCUCGGAGGAUGUGGAGCCAUUUUUGGAAGGUGUCAACGCAGGGCCUUUUCGUGGCCAUGUUCUGGCCCCUCAUCCCACAGUUUGUCUGCAACUGCCUGUUCUACUGGGCGCUGUACUUCAACCCCAUCAUCAACAUUGACCUCGUGGUCAAGGAGGUCCGCCGGCUGGACACCCAGGUGCUGUGAGUGGCCUGCCCAGGCCCGCAAGACGCCGGUCUCCCCACCCCACGUGCCGGGGCGCAGCAGGGCUGAAAGGAGAGGCCUCCUGCUUCGGCCCCCACAAGACAAGGUGCUGCUGUGUGUCGGGCGGCGGCCAGGCCCCCUCCCGGAGACGGCCACCCCGCACACGCCCGGAGGGCCGCCAGCCGCUUUCCUCACUGGGACCUGGGAGGCUCAGGCCGUGAUGGCUGCCAGGACUCGGGGUGCUCAGAGGACACGGCCUUCACAGUCCCCCUUGCCCUGGCCUCGGGGACCGACAGAGGCUCCCAGCACCCAAGACCAGGCCUGAUGGGGCCAAGCCUGUCCCGGAAGUUGAGGUUCAGAAAGCAGGAAUAAGCUGUCACAGGCAGACCGUUGCCCAUAGAAAAUGCAGGGGGAAAUCUAAAAUUCAAUCAACAAUUCCGCUUACAGAAGAGGUGCCAGGCUUCAGAAUCAAACCUCCAAGAGGAUCAGGUUUGAGACUGGGAUGGCAGACAAUGCUCGCUGUUCUCUGUGCAGUCCCUGGAGUUCGGGUGGGAUGGCGGGCGGUGCGUGGAGGGCCGCUCCCAGCAUCCCCAGCUGCACUUGUGUGGCCUAAAAUCAUUGCUUAGGGUUUGUUUUGAGGAACUCAAUCUGUAAAAUUAAUUUCCACGGUAGUGCUUUGUUCAAGGAAGCAUUUUGUAAAUUGACCUUGCACUGUAUAAUAUGUAAUCUUUAUUGUCCUGUCCCGGUGUAUAAAGCAGCAAAUACAAUUAUACCAAGUGCUGUGAUUGUAAAUAUGAAA